GCCGGAAGCUGGGGGGCGGAUACCUUCCUCUGGAGCUCCUCGUGUUUGCGGCCGCCGGAGCGGGCUCCUUUCUCCAAGUCGGGGCACUUCGUAGCCGGCAUCAUGACGGUGGGCAAGAGCAGCAAGAUGCUGCAGCACAUCGACUACAGGAUGAGGUGCAUCCUGCAGGACGGCCGCAUCUUCAUCGGCACCUUCAAGGCCUUCGACAAGCACAUGAACCUGAUCCUGUGUGACUGUGAUGAGUUCAGGAAGAUCAAGCCAAAGAAUGCAAAACAACCUGAACGAGAGGAAAAGAGGGUUCUGGGACUGGUGCUGCUUCGUGGGGAGAAUUUGGUCUCUAUGACUGUGGAAGGCCCACCCCCUAAAGAUACAGGCAUCGCCCGUGUGCCGUUAGCCGGAGCUGCAGGAGGCCCUGGGAUCGGCAGGGCUGCAGGCAGAGGUGUGCCGGCUGGUGUUCCCAUGCCCCAGGCUCCUGCAGGCUUAGCAGGACCUGUCCGAGGAGUUGGUGGGCCUUCCCAACAGGUGAUGACCCCUCAGGCGAGAGGGACUGUAGCUGCUGCUGCAGUUGCUGCCACAGCCAGUAUUGCAGGAGCUCCAACACAGUACCCCCCUGGUCGAGGAACUCCUCCUCCACCUGUGAGCCGAGGGACACCUCCUCCAGGCAUGAUGGCCCCUCCUCCUGGAAUGAGACCUCCCAUGGGCCCCCCAAUGGGGAUGCCCCCUGGUCGAGGGGCACCAAUGGGGAUGCCCCCUCCUGGCAUGAGACCCCCUCCUCCUGGAAUGAGAGGUCCCCCUCCCCCAGGAAUGCGCCCACCAAGGCCUUAGGAUUCCUCAGCUGCUGUGAUGCUGCCUCUGACUUGAGGCUGUAUAUAGUUUUGUGGGCUUUUUGUAUAAAGUGUGCUCCUUUUAAAUUGAUUCAUAAUAAACUCUCGGGGAAAAAAA